AUGGCCACCGUUGCAGAUAUUUUAGCAGAAGGUCAAGGCAUUCGCCUGUUCAACAAGUGGAGUUAUGACGAUGUCGAAGUCAAAGAUAUUUCCUUAAUUGACUAUGUUCAAAUAAAAAGUCCUGUUUAUUUGUCUCACACUGCUGGAAGAUUCUCUGUCAAGCGUUUCAGAAAAGCCCAAUGCCCCGUAGUCGAACGUCUUACCAAUUCACUUAUGAUGCACGGACGUAAUAACGGCAAAAAACUCAUGGCCGUUCGAAUAGUAAAACAUGCGUUCGAAAUUAUACAUUUGCUUACCGAUCAAAAUCCCAUCCAGGUGUUGGUGGAUGCUAUCAUUAAUACUGGCCCGCGAGAAGAUUCGACCCGUAUCGGUAGUGCUGGCACUGUAAGACGGCAAGCAGUUGAUGUGUCGCCUUUGCGUCGCGUCAAUCAAGCGAUAGCACUUUUGACCAUUGGGACCCGUGAAUCCGCUUUCCGAAAUGUCAAAAGUAUUGCUGAAUGUUUAGCUGACGAACUCAUCAACGCUGCUAAGGGAAGUUCAAAUUCAUAUGCUAUCAAAAAGAAGGAUGAACUUGAACGAGUUGCUAAAUCUAACCGGUAG